AUGAAAGGGUCCAUUUUUUUGCACACCCUGUUGUUGCUCGUUGGCAUGGAGGAAAUAAGGGCUGUGCGUGUGUACCCUCAACAAGGGGGAAGGGAUAUGCACGUGAGGAGGGACACACAGGGUGAGAGGAAAAGAGCAUACAUAGUAAAUAUGAAAGGAGGAGAUGCGCAGAAUGGUGAAAAGAAACGGGGAAAGUGGUCUGGUCAUAUAAAAUUUAGAAAGCGAGAGGACCUCCCAUAUGGGAGUCAACACAUCGUGAACGCGGCCAACGACAUAAAUGCCACUAACAGUGCCAACACAGGUAAUGACGCCACACCGAUCAACGUAGCCAUCUUCGGAAGUAGCGGGAGCAUCGGAACGAACGCGCUGGACAUCAUUCGCGAGUGCAACCGAACCCAGAAAAGAUUCAACGUAGAAGCAUUGUAUGUUAAUAAAAGUGUGAAUAAAUUGUAUGAACAAGCAAGGGAGUUUUUGCCAAAAUAUGUGUGCAUCCAUGAUGAGUCGAAAUAUGAGGAGCUAAAAAAUUUGUUAAAAAAUAUAAAAGGUUAUAAUCCAGAGAUACUAAUAGGGGAUGAAGGCAUGAAGCAAAUGUGCAAGAGCGAUACACUGGAUAAGGUUGUAAUUGGCAUCGACUCCUUCUAUGGAUUAUACUCGACAAUAUAUGCAAUAAAGAAUAAUAAAAUUAUUGCACUAGCAAAUAAGGAGUCCAUCGUAUCUGCAGGAUUUUAUCUGAAAAAAUUAUUAACGAUUCAUACAAAGUCAUGCAUAAUUCCAGUGGAUUCGGAACACAGUGCCAUCUUCCAAUGUUUAGACAACAACAAGGUGUUGCAGACGAAAUGUCUACAGGAUAAUUUCUCCAAGGUGAACCAAAUAAAGAAAAUUAUUUUAUCUUCCUCAGGUGGCCCCUUCCAAAAUAUGUCUAUUGAUCAAUUGAAAAAUGUAACCUCAGCAGAUGCUCUCAAGCAUCCCAAGUGGAAAAUGGGGCCCAAAAUAACCAUUGACUCAGCAACUAUGAUGAAUAAAGGGCUCGAAGUUAUUGAGGCUCAUUUCCUCUUCGACAUAGAUUAUAAUAAUAUAGAUAUCGUUGUUCAUAAAGAAUGUAUCCUCCAUUCAUGUGUCGAAUUUAUAGACAAAUCUGUUAUUGCACAAAUGUAUUAUCCAGAUAUGAAAAUACCUAUUCUUUUUGGUUUGAGUUGGCCUAAUAGAAUUAAUACAGAUUUGCCUUCCCUUAACUUAGUUAACACUUCUCCUCUUACCUUCUCCUCCCCUUCUCUGGAUCAUUUUCCUUGUAUCAAGCUCGCUUACCAUGCGGGUAGGAAGGGAACCUUCUACCCUACUGUCCUCAACGCUGCCAACGAAGUGGCGAACAAACUAUUUUUGAAUAACAAAAUUGGCUACUUUGAUAUUGCCGCCAUCAUAUCGGAUGUGUUGGAAUCCUUCACUCCACAGACCAUCUCCAACAAUUGCGAAGAUCUGAUGAAGCAAAUUGGGGAUAUUAGCAACUGGUCCAUGGAAAAGGCUACGGAGGUAUACCAGACGCGCUAUGGAAGAAUGCAGUGA